AUGAUCCGAGAACAGGAACAACAAGUACUAGCACUUCUCGAAAUGAGUGAAAUGCUCAAAUCCGAAAACGAACAGCUACGACAGCAGGAAGAGCAACUUAGAGUGAUGCUUGAAGAAACUACAAGGAAUGCAAGGUCUAAAGAAGAAGAGCUACGGAAAGAGUUCAGCGAUCAGAUUGGGUUACUUAUAGAAAAUACAGCCGAGACCGACUACGAAGAUAUCGUGCAGAAAUGCGGGCAAGCAAGGGAAGAAGAACUGCUCCGAAGCGAUGCGCGUGUGCAGGAAUUGCUGGCCGAAAUCAGAGAGAUCCAUGUGGCCACGGAUGAGGAGAUCCAAUCCCUGAAAUCGGAGCUGCACGAGGAACGGCAAAAGCGUAUAGAGCUAGAGACCGUUGCGCAAAGGAACAAAAUCGAGUUAGAAGCAACUAGAGACCUUGCUUAUACAAAGCAGAACGAACUGUAUGCUGUUCGAUGUGAACUGAAUCGUCGGCUGAAGGAAAACAUGGAAAGCGAAUUCGCAAUGCUCUCUAAGGAGGAGAAUUUCCAUGAAAUGCUAAUGCAGCGAACGACAUCAUUUGAGAAGAAAAUCGCUGAGACCGAUUACGAAGAUAUCGUGCAGAAAUGCGGGCAAGCAAGAGAAGAGGAACUGCUCCGGAGCGAUGCACGUGUGCAGGAUCUGUUGAACAGACUCGAGUUAGAAGCAAGUAGAGACCUUGCUGAUUCGAAACAGAACGAACUGCAUGCUAUUCGAUGUGAACUGAAUCGUCGGCUGAAGGAAAAUAUGGAAAACGAAUUCGCAAUGCUCUCUAAGGAGGACAGUUUUCAUGAAAUGCUGAUGCAGCGAACGGCGUCAUUUGAGAAGAAAAUCGCUGAGUAUGAACGGACUAUCGAAGAGAAAGACGAGCAGCUCAACGAAUUACGUAAAAAUGUCGAACUUUUGGAGAGUCAGACGACUACUGGAAUUUCUCUGAAGGACGACGAGGAAAAGCGUCGCUUGGAAAGCGAAUUGAAGAGCUUGUCUUUGGCUUCAAAGCAAAAAGAGGAGAAGAAUAAAGCAAUCAUAGAGGAAUUAAAGCAAGAACGGAACAAGCUGGAAAUCAAACAAGCUGGAAAUCACGAUUGCCGAACUCAAGCAUAUCCGUCAAAAACAGCUGAGCUGAACCGCCUCAGAUCACUUCUGGAGGAGAAGGAGGAAAAACUGAGCGCUUCACGACGCCGAUACAGAAAUCUACUUCGAAAAGUUGAGACGUCAUUAGCUCAUCUGGAAAAGCAACACCAAAAAACUAAACGGAAACUCGAGGAGAACAUCAUUGGUAGUGGCGAUAUGCUUCAAUUCUAA